UUUCACCCCUUUCUCUCUCUCUCCUCAGUUUCUCUCUCUUCCAUUUGGAGUAAGAUGAGAAAAAGCUUCCUUUAAGCCUCAGAACUUAAGUGGGGUCUUUUGAUUAACUGUUGAUUACCCUAUCAAUUCCAAAGAGGUUUGGAUUGAUUGAAAUUAUUCUGAAACCUUCCAUCCAUCUGCUAACUUCUGCAACAAAACCAGUGGAGGAUUCUCUGCUAUUAUAUCAUCCAACCAUUCUCUAUCCUUCGUUGUUUCACUGUUUUUUAUCCAAAAAGUGGAUAACCAUUUGAAGAUUUGGGCAUAUGAACAAUUGGAGAGAAGAAGGUACAGAUUGAAACAAAUUGAAACAAGUGUGUGUGUGUGUGUUUAUGGAUUGGGGUUGGAGAAAAAUUUCUGGGGAAAGAGUCACUUUCCAGGAAAACAAACAGAAUCCCACAAGUUUUUCUGACUCGAUUGGAUCAAAUAAUGAAGAAGAACAGAUUCUCAAGGGUUCGAGUCAAGAAAGUUAUACCUCUCAUGGAUCCUCCAAGAGGACUCGAUUGCUUCAUGCGAGCCAGAACCAGACAUGUUUGGUGGAUGGCUGUGACUCUGACUUGAGCAAUUGCAAGGAGUAUCAUCGUCGUCAUAGGGUCUGCGAUUUGCACUCCAAAACCCCUGUUGUGAUGGUCAGAGGCGAGGAGAAACGAUUCUGUCAACAGUGCAGCAGAUUUCAUUCGCUUGGUGAGUUUGAUGAGGUUAAGAGAAGCUGUAGAAAGAGGCUUGAUGGACACAAUCGGCGUAGGAGGAAGCCUCAGCCUGAAUCCUUGUUCAUCAGUUCAAGGGAUUUUCUGUCAAAUUGCAAAGGUCCAAUUGUGCUGCAAUUCAGCGAUCAACAAGUUCAUGUUCCUGAUGAACUUGGUAGGAGUUUAUGGCCUAUGAGAACUGAAGAAAACUCAUCUUUGGUUCCAUCAAAUUCCUCUGGUUUCUUCAGUUUUGGAGGAGGAGACAACAAACAGCUGCCAUUUUUGCAGCCUAAGAAUGGCUCAAAGCAAGGAAAGCAUAUGGUUUCUUCUCAGUUUUGUUUCAAUCAGCAACUUCCUGAUACAAUCUCUCAGGUGAGUGAGGGGGACAGCCAGAAAACGGUGCCUCCCAAUAACUCGCCCGACGAUUCGGGUUGUGCUCUCUAUCUUCUGUCAUCGCACCCUGUGCAAGCUCUCCCAGAGGCUGGCUUGAGCUCUUUGGUUCAGUCCCAUCUGAGUCUUCCAGUCCAAACUCAAGAGGAGACUGAGCUGAAUUUCAGUAGUCUAAGUGAUUUCUCUGAGUCCUUUGGUUCAAAGGACAAGGCUGUUAGUAAAACCAAUGUCCAUCAUAGUGAGUUGGGGCUUGAAAUGGAGGAGGAAUCUAAUGGCUUGUUUCCCAUUUCUUGGGAGUAGUUUAAGCUUUGUCUGUUUGUUUUUUUUUUUAUGGCUUUAAUGCAAGACCUCUUUUGAAUAUGAAGUUCUUUGUUUCUGUGAUUGUAGACAGCAAAGGGAUGUAUUUUUCUGGUUGUUUUGUGACCUUUGACAUAGAAAGGAAUAGACUACUACUUUGACAUCGUCAUUUA